AUGGGUCAAAAUAUUGAUAAGAGAAGCUAUAGACGCGAGCAUAGCGAACUUUACAUGAAGCUCAUACAAUACUAUAGAGACGGAAUGGAUGAUGAUGCUCAAAGUCCAACGUCUUCUUCCGAGCAGCGGCAAUCACAAUCAGACGACGUUGUCAAGGUAUUCAUUAGAAAAAGACCAACCUUUGAGAGAGAAAUCAAAGCAGGCGAGUACGAUGUAGUAACGUGUAAAAAGCAUGAAAUAAUUGUGCACGAUUGUAGAAUGCAUCCAUCCAUGAAACCUAAUCUUGCAUAUGUGGAGUCGUACAAGUUCCCUUAUCCAAACACUGAGGUUUUCAAUGAAAAAUCCACAACCGAUCAAGUAUAUGCCUCAGCUUUGAAACCGUUGAUUGACUAUGUUGCCAGUGGAAACGUUGGAACCAUGUUUUGCUUUGGACAAACAGGAAGUGGAAAGACUUUCACAAUCACAGGAUUGGUGAAACUCUUGUCAAAAGAUCUAUUUACACAAUUAGGGAAUCAAGGAAAGUUUACUGUAACUGCCACAUGCAUUGAACUCAUCGGUGAGACAGCCUAUGAUUUGUUGAGUGACCACGCUGAAGUGGCCUUAAGAGAAGGAAAAAACGGAGAGGUCGUUAUUUGCGGAAACAAGUUGUGUGCAUUGAAUAAUGGAUCUGAAUUAAAUGAGUUGUACAACUACGCAGCAAAGUUGAGAGAGACUCAUGCCACUAAAGUGAAUUCUAACUCGUCACGAUCUCACUACAUUUGCAGAGUAUUCAUUGAUGACCCAGCCACUGGAAAGCAGUUUGCAAGAUUAACACUGUGUGAUUUGGCCGGCUCCGAAAGAAACGCAGACUCCAACGAGCAUGAUAUUGAACGACUCAAGGAGACCGCUCAAAUUAACAGUUCUCUGAUGGCCUUGAAAGAAGUCAUUAGAUGUGUUGCUCUAAACAAGGAAAAUGAGGGCAGUAAGGUCCACAUCCCUUUCAGAACAAGCAAGUUAACUCGAGUUUUGAAGGACUGUUUUGAAAUUGAUGAAAAAAAGAAGCGACCCCAUACUGUCGUUGUUGCCACUGUUUCUCCUCUCGCAUGUGACACUGAACAUACGAUCAAUACUUUGAAACAUACUUGCCUCAUGAUGAGCAGUGACAGCAAUAUGGCAGGAGAAAAAAUGGUUGUCCAAGAUAUUCUUGGAGCUGAUCCCUACCAAAAGAAAACCAAUAUUUUGAAGCCCAUUGCCAAAAUGACUUAUGAAGAAACAUUGGAAUGGAUUGGUUCUAUUCAGAAAGGAAAGUUCAAGAAGCACCUCACUAAAUUCCCAACCUCAAUGGAUGGUAAAGCCUUGUCACGAUUUCCUGAUAAGCGAUUGCAACAAAUCCUUGGCAGUGAAUCUCUUGGUUUGGACCUUAGAAAAGAGAUUAUGAACUACACUGAUAAAAUCAAUCAACAAAAGAAGCAACAAACAGAAGAGAACAGAAAUCUCUCCAAAUAA